CUCCCCCAGCUGCACGCUGCGUGACUGCUCGUUGGCUGUUUAGGACGGAAGCUCGUUUGGUGUUUCUCCAGAAGUUUCCCCUUAGGGCGGCGGCGAAGCUGGUAACUGCGGUGGCUGUCUCUCAGGCCGCUACAACUGUAGUUUGGAGAUGGCGGCGCCUGCUGCAGGACCUGCAACAGCCCAGCGGUUUUCCCAGACCUUCUCAGAUAAUCUGAUCGAGGAGGACCCUCAGGCGGCGUUAGAGGAGCUGACUAAAACUUUGGAACAGAAACCAGAUGAUGCACAGUAUUACUGUCAAAGAGCUUACUGUCACAUUCUGCUUGGGAAUUACUGUGGUGGUGUUGCUGAUGCAAAAACUUCCCUAAAACUCAACCCUACUAAUACCACUGCUAUGCUGAGAAAAGGGAUAUGUGAAUACUAUGAGAAAAACUAUGCUGCUGCUCUAGAAACUUUUACAGAAGGACAAAAAUUAGAUAGUGCAGAUGCUGAUUUUAUUGUCUGGAUUAAAAGAUGUCAAGAGGCACAGAAUGGAUCAGAGUCUGAGGUGAGGACACUGUCAAAAAUUAAGUAUGACUGGUACCAAACAGAAUCUCAAGUAAUUGUAACACUUAUGAUUAAGAAUGUUCAGAAAAAUGAUGUAAAUGUGGAAUUUUCAGAAAAAAAGUUGUCUGCUUUGGUGAAGCUUCCAUCUGGAGAGGAUUACAAUUUGAAACUGAGACUGCUUCAUCCUAUAAUACCAGAACAGAGUACAUUUAAAGUACUUUCUACAAAGAUUGAAAUUAAAAUGAAAAAGACAGAGGCUGUAAGAUGGGAAAAGCUAGAGGGACAAGGAGAUGUGCCCACAUCCAGACAGUUCCUAGCAGAUGUAAAGAACUUAUAUCCAUCUUCGUCUCAUUAUACAAGAAAUUGGGAUAAAUUGGUUGGUGAGAUCAAAGAAGAAGAGAAGAAUGAGAAGCUGGAGGGAGAUGCAGCUUUAAACAAGUUAUUUCAGCAGAUCUAUUCAGAUGGCUCUGAUGAAGUCAAACGUGCCAUGAACAAAUCAUUUAAUGAUUGCCCCAAAUAUUUGGCUACUAGAAGAUGGAAUCUGGUGGUACAGUUUUGAGUACAAACUGGUCUGAUGUAGGUAAAAGGAAAGUUGAAAUCAACCCUCCUGAUGAUAUGGAAUGGAAAAAAUACUAAAUAAAUUAAUUU